CUACAGUCGAGUGACUUCGUUCUAUUCGUCAUGGCGUCUAAUGGUAUUCCUGAUGGUAAUGGUCCGCGUCCACCUGUUCGUGAGUGUUACAACUGCGGUCAAUUAGGUCAUAUUUCGCAUUUUUGUCCUUAUCCACGUGCUAACAAUGGUCAACGGCUUAGCAAUGCGUUAGUACCUGCGCAGCCUAUUGCCACGUAUCCGCCUGCACCAGCGUCUAAUGUCGGCACGUCUGCCCCGUAUUAUCCGAAUCAAUAUUACGGAGGUGGUGUAGGGUUGGGUAAGCGUGUUGGCACUUUGGAGGCGAUUGUUACACGGAUCAACAACAAGCAGCAAACUGAUGAAGCAAGAGAACGGGCGGAACGCGAGGAAGAAGAAAAUAAGAAACGAGAAAGAGAGGAGGAAGCAAGAAGAGAACAGGAAAAGAAGAAUCGAGAGGAGUUCCAGCAGGCUAUGCGGCAGGAGUUAAUUACGAAGUUGGAUGUUGUACGGGAGGCAGUUGACGGCAAGAAAUCAGCUGAAUCGGAAGAGAUGGCCAAAUUGAGGAAUCAGAUCGAAAAGUUGUGUAAACAGAAGGAACCAGUAGUGGAGAAGAAGAAAAAAGAGGAUGCAGACGAGUUGUGGCGAAUGAAACAGCGGAUGGACGAGAUUCAGAAGGGUCGUAAUGGGUCCAGUACCUCAACUACCGUUAAUCAACUUGCGAAGGAUUCGGAGGAGAUUGUUCGACUGAGAUGUGAACAAGAAAUGGCGAAGACUACUAUGGAGAAGCGUUUGGCCGCAAUGAAAGAGGUAAUUGUGGCUCUUCAGAAACAGUGUGAGGUGGCUGAAGCCAACGCUGAAGUGUGGAGGUGUGAAGCGUUGCGACCAGGCAACAAGCGAGGGGCGGUGGUUGUCGGGUCGACCCCUGCGUCUGAAGCUCGAGUUCGCCCGCGAACAACUCCCUUGCAAACACCAUGUCCUGCCGGGAGAGUGAAUCAGCAACUUAAGGAAGUUGUCGAUCGCAAUAAGCAAGAGGUGGAGCUGUUGAGAGAGAUGAGACUGAAGGAAGUGAAUGCAAGAAAAGAAUCUGAGAAAGAAGUAGAGCGACUUAAGGAAGAAAUGGCACGUCUUCGAACAGGUCAGAAACGAGGAACGAACUUGCGAAAGAAAAUGGAUGCCGUGGCAGGAGCUUCUGGUUCUAAAACCAAAGUGGCAGCGGCGUCGCCCGUUAUUCUGGUCAGCCAAAGAGAAGCUGCACUCAAAGCAGCUAGGCGCGAGCUCCGCAACUUGAAGAAGGAUGCUGUUGUCGGCCUUUGUGAAGACGAGGGAGUUCCGUAUACUAUUUUGGAUGCUUCAAAGGAAGCGUUGGCGCAGGCUCGAGCAGAUAAGGCCGUAGCUGAGGAAGAAUCAAGUCGAGAUUUAGGUAAGCCGGACACGGUUGUGGAGGUUACCGAUGGGGAGGAAAAACUCAGUAAGGAUGGGGCGUGUGAUUCUGCUGAAUCAUAGGAUCUCUCCCCGACGCGGCUUGGCUUUGGAAACUGGUCGUUUCUUGUCAACGAUUACGUUUGAAGAAUAGCUCGUGGUUGAGAUGCAAGGCGGUCAAUUAUUUGAUGAGUUUUUUGGUGUGCUGUUUGAUUUUUCUUGGGCUGAUUCCAUGGGGAGGCAAGUUGUUUAGUUCUAUUGCGGAUGUAUGGUCGACGUCUCGACAAUGUAGGAUUGAUGCGUGGGAUGGGCCGGUGGUUUAUGCACUUGUGUCGCCUUGGUACAAACACGUGUAUGUUGGCAGUACGAGCAUGGAUUUGCAUAGCCGUUGGAGGGAGCAUGUGUAUAGAAGCAGUAAUAAACAGGCAAUUGAGAA